GUUUUUACAUUGUCUUAUUUGCCUUGUUUCCAGGUCCUUCUGCGCCAGGUCUUCCUUCUCCUUUUGGUCGUUCCCCGAAACGGAGAGUGAUUCAGCUGAUGCGUUAUAUCGAAAUCUAUAACUGGGAAAGCUCUCUUGUCAGAUUGUGAGUUGCUGAAAACUGCAUCGUUAGAUUUGAUCAUCUCCUAAUGGACAAAGGAGCGCCUCCUAGCCUCUUUGUUAAUGAUGGUUCCUUCAUGGAAAGGUUCAAGCAACUUCAACAAGAGCAGGAGAAGGACAAAGAUGCCAAAUUAAAGGAGCCUAAACCGAUUAAAAUUGUAUCAGGGUCUCUGACUUCUAAUUUGACCAUUAAAAAGAACCCUGUGAACUCUAAGGCUAAUGACUCACAGAAAACUGCCCAGGCUAGCUCCAAUGGAAAACUUGCUUUUAGUUUGAAACAGAAGUCAAAAUUAGUCCCGCCACCUGUUGUGUUGAGUGCUGAAGAGGAUGAAGAAGAAACAAAUGCUGGUGAUACUUCAAGUGAUGUGCCAUCAAAACGACAGAAGUUGAAUAAUGACGCUUGCACUGAGCAAUCAUCAAGACGGCUAGAAGUUGCACCUCCUUCCCCAAGUGACCCUACAGUGAAGAAAGUUGCUGACAAACUAGCAAGUUUUGUGGCGAAAAAUGGAAGGCAAUUUGAGGAUGUCACACGUCAAAAAAAUCCUGGAGAUACGCCUUUCAAAUUCUUAUUUGAUGAGAAAUGUGCUGAUUACAAAUAUUACCAACAUCGGCUUGCUCAAGAAGAAAAGGCUCUUGCACAAUCAAAGGAGUCACAGGAAUCUCAUAAUGGUAGUACGAGCACCUCAUCAUCCAAAUCAACAACUGGUUCUCAGAGAACAUCUCAACAGCAAUCAACUUACCAAAUUCCUGCAUCUGCUUUAUAUCAGACUGCUGAUGAGCCUGGUGCAGUAUCAAAUGCUGAUUCAUUGGCACGGAUGGAGUUCUACAUGAUGAAAGCUGCCCAGGAGGAGAGGAGGAGACAACCGAAGCAGUCAAAAGAUGAGAUGCCACCUCCUGCUUGUCUUCAAGCUCCUGCAAAAAAGGGACAUCACAUGGGUGAUUACAUCCCUCCAGAAGAACUUGAGAAGUUUUUAGCUACGUGCAAUGAUGCAGCGGCUCAAAAAGCUGCCAAGGAAGCUGCAGAGAAGGCAAAAAUUCAGGCUGAUAAUGUGGGCCACAAGCUUUUGUCAAAAAUGGGCUGGAAAGAAGGUGAGGGAUUAGGGAGCUCUGGAAAGGGUAUGUCAGAUCCAAUCAUGGCAGGCAAUGUUAAGAUGAAUAAUUUGGGUGUUGGGGCUCAACAACCAGGGGAGGUGACUCCUGAUGAUGAUAUAUAUGAACAGUACAAGAAGCGGAUGAUGCUUGGUUAUCGUUACAGACCCAACCCUCUGAAUAAUCCUCGCAAGGCAUAUUAUUGAAGGAGGCGUUGAGAUCAAGUUUGUUAGGUGGGAAAGUGGUAUUUUUAGGACAAAAUGAUGUAUUAUCAUGCCAUGAACGUCUACUUUUGUUGUUUUGUUAUUGGGGGUGUUGCGUUAAUGUGUUUUUGGGGGAUUGCUUAGGGUUUUGUCAUGAUCACAUUUUUUACUGACAAAUAAUAGUGCUUUUUUCUGUGUCAA